AUGGUUUGUGGAGUUCUCACCUUCAGAGUUCCUCUUUCUUCAAGCUCAACUUUCACUUCCAAUUCAAAAAGACUCAAAAUUCAAUGCUCAAAUUCUAGUCCAGACGUUCCUUUAACCGCUGCUAGGCUAAGCUUGUUCCCACUUGGAGCUGAUUUUAGUUAUGGAUUUAUGACAGAGAAGAUUCCGAAUGACUUUUAUAUGACUGGCGGUGCAUAUGAUUUUGAUAGAGGAACAAAAUCACUUACACAGAAGUUAUUACCCUCUUCAAAGAAGGUUACUAUCGUAAGGCAUGGCCUUAGCUCUUGGAAUGAAGAGAGUAGAGUUCAGGGAAGCUCAAACUUAUCAGUCUUAACAGAAACUGGAGUAAAGCAAGCAGAGAGGUGUCGGAAAGCCUUGGCAAAUAUGUACUUUGAUCAAUGUUUUUCAAGUCCAAUAUCUCGUGCCAAGUCCACUGCUGAAGUCAUAUGGCAAGGGAGGGAAGAGCCACUAGUUUUCCUUGAUUCACUGAAGGAGGCCCAUCUAUUUUUCCUUGAAGGCAUGAAAAAUGGUCUGUCUCUUUUACUAAAUCACAUUCAGAAUUUGGAGGCAGUGGAUGCUAGGGAGAAGUAUCCAAAGGAGUACACAACAUGGAGAGAAGAUCCUGCUAAUUUUAAUGUCAAUGGCAUCUACCCAUUGCGAAACCUAUGGGGGACUGCUAGAGAAGCUUGGAAGGAAAUAUUGCUUUCACCUGAAGAAAAUUCUGCUGACAGGAAUCGCAUACCAGAAACAGUGAUACAGUGCUCAUGGAAUGAUAAUGAGUAG